AUGAUGCUAUCAUCGACGGGGGCCCGCAGCCCGAUGUUUGUGCUGGCAUGUGGCGCCGGCAUGGUUGUGAUUUUUAUUUUCGGCUUCAUGUCGUGGUCCGCGCCGGAGCGGAUGCCCUUCCAUGGGAUGUACCUGCUGACCAGCGCUGACAGGACCUCCAGCGACGCGAAAACACCAGACAUCAACGAGAUCCUGCGCAUUCUGUACGAGCCGCUCAAAGUAGCGCCAUCUGACCCCUUCAUCCGCGAGCCCAAUGGCACUAAGAUUCUGCUUCCGGAGCACCCGCGCUAUACGAAGAAAAUGGGUCGCGACAUUUUGAUUCUCGAUCUCGACACAAGACCGCUACAGUCUACUGAGAUGUUUGAGAAGGGCGAAUACGACUGGCGCAAUAUCAACCACGUGUCUGGGGGCGUUUUCGCGCACUACGCAUACGCUCAGAUCCACGGUUAUGACUACAAAUUCGUUCACGCAAGCGAAUUCGAAGAUCGACACGCAACCUGGAUCAAGCCGUCUGCUUUGGCCAACUUGAUCAAGGACUAUAAGUUCAUUGUUUUCCUCGACGCCGACGCCACUUUCCGCUUCAUGCAGCUACCCAUGGAGUGGAUGAUGAACUACUGGAAUGUGGAACCUCACCACUCCUUUGUCAUGGCGAAAGAUCCGUGGAGUCCUGAAGAGCCGCAGUACAACUCCGAUCGAUUCAAUCGCACCUACACAAACACCGGUUUCAUGAUCAUUCAGAACAACGACCAGGUUUUGCCAAUACUGAAGGCAUGGCACGAAUGCCCAGAUGACGUGCGCUAUCCCAACUGCUCGCAGUGGAAGGAACCCAAGUUCCACGAGCAGUCAGCCUUUGGCGAGUACAUCCGCUAUGACUACGAGGAGUACAUCAAGGAGCUCGAAUGCGGCCAGGCCAACGGCUUCCCCGGCGUCGAGGUCAGCAACUGCCAGGGCAAAUUCAUUCGCCACUACUGGUUCGAGAAAUCUCUUGUCAAGCUCGAUUAUCGCGAGAACAUCAUGAACGCCAUCACCUACCCGAUUCAGAAGCUGUUUGCGGAGAAGAAUGGCGUUGUCUUCAACCAAGAAGAAAACGUUAUCCACUGAGCACGAUCCCCUACACGCAUAAUGAAUUUCCG